CGGUCUCCAUGGCAACCAGCAGGCCCCGACCCAGUUGCCUGGUUUCCCGCUGCCGUCUCGCUGGCCGCGCCCGCACAAAGACCGCGCGGUGACCGCUCAGUGCCACGACCCCGCCACUCCAGCCCCGCGGGAACCGCAGCCGCCGCCGCGGGGAAGCAGUUCCGGCGGCCGCCGUGACGCGCAGGCAAGGCGCGGCCCCGACCCGCGGGCCAUCUUGGCAGCGGAGGGAGCGGCGGAGCGACAGGUACACACGCGGCCCGGCCCGGGCCAGCUCAGGUGCGGCCGCCCUUUGUUCUCCCGCAGGUAGUCGCGUGCCACCCGCGGGCAGCGCCUUCACCCACAGCCCGAGCUCCGGCAGGUGCAUCCCGCCAAGUCUGGGCAGCGCAGGUCUGCGCAUCCCAUAAGGCCUGGGCAGGUCCAGCCUAUGCAUCCUGCAAGGCCUGGGAAGGUUCAGCCCGCUCAUCUCAUAAGGCCUGGGCAGGUCCUACUCGCUCAUGCUCCAAGGCCUGGGUAGGUCCAGCCUGUACAUUCUGCAAGGGUUGAGCAGGUCCAGCUUGAACAUCCUUCAAGGCCUGGGCAGGUCCAGCCAGCGCCCCACACCUUGACCCUACAAAGCCUGCAGAAAGGAACUGCGCCCAGGACAGGACCAGUGGCCUCAGGCUUGCCUGCCUAGAUUCUGCCUGGGCGCACCUGCUUCAGCACCCAAGGCCUUUUGCUCUGGUUCUCCAGCUCUCUGUGGUUUAACCUUAGCCAGCAUGGUCCAACCUCAAACCUCCAAAAACGAAAGGCCAGCCUCUGCCCCUGGCGCCAGCGCACAAAAAAUGGAUGACGUGGUUGACACCCUGACCUCCCUGCGCCUCACCAACUCUGCGCUGAGGCGCGAGGCCUGCACGCUGAGGGCGGAGAAGGCCAAUCUUACCAACAUGCUGGAGAGCGUCAUGGCCGAGCUUACUCUGUUGCGCACCCGGGCGCGCAUUCCUGGCGCUCUGCAGAUCACGCCACCUAUCUCUGCCAUCACCUCCAAUGGGACCCGACCCAUGACCACGCCGCCCACCUCGCUGCCUGAACCCUUCUCGGGAGACCCCGGCCAGUUGGCGGGGUUCCUGAUGCAGAUGGACCGGUUCAUGAUCUUUCAAGCUUCCCGCUUCCCAGGUGAAGCUGAGAGAGUGGCCUUCCUGGUGUCCCGACUGACUGGGGAGGCCGAGAAGUGGGCCAUCCCCCACAUGCAGCCAGACAGCCCUUUGCGAAACAACUACCAGGGCUUUCUGGCUGAGCUGCGCAGAACCUACAAAUCUCCGCUGAGGCACUCACGGCGUGCACAAAUCCGGAAGACAUCUGCAUCCAAUAGGGCUGUGCGGGAGCGGCAGAUGUUGUGCCGCCAACUGGCCACAGCUGGCACAGGAGCCUGCCCAGUGCAUCCUGCCUCCAACGGGACCAGUCCGGCACCAGCCUUGCCCACCCGCAGCCGGAACCUUUAGGGAACCUGUGGCCACCCAGGUAGCUAGACUGUUGCUGAGAAGAAUUGUCGAUAGAGUAGCAUUGUUCUGUUUGCAGGCACCUUUCAUGCCUCUCCCCGUCUGUGGGAGGCCAUCCCGCCAUCCUCAUUGGUCAUCCACCCUGCUGUGCGUUUUGCUAGCUUUACCUGCAACUCAGUGCAUGUCCCCCGCCCCCCAUCUGUUGCUUGCAAUCCCAGCUUCUCUAGUAAUCACAACACAGCCCCUUGGACAUGUGCCGGCCUAGGAACCAUUUAGGCUGACCACCUCUGUGGGUGGGCUCAGCUAGUGGACAUUCAGCUUUUGUGCCCUCCCUACAAGCACCCUGGCGAUUCCCUUCCUGGUCACUCUGGUCUUGCUGAUGAGUUCUGAAUAGAAAGAAACCAUCUUGGCUCUGAAGGUGGCUGAUGUAUACCUGAACCAGCCUGCCCACAUCUGGUUCCUUUGCAAGGUAGCCAGGUAGUCAGUCACUCUGCAUUCCAGGGAUCCUUUCCUCUAUAGGGGAGCCUGUGUUCCAGCAUACCCCACUGCUGAUGCUGGGAACAUCUGGUCCUUCACAGACAUUCCUUCUGCCUCUCCUGUCCGCAGGAGACUCAUCCACACCUGUCUGUGACUGCCAGUGUUUUGAUGGCAUCAGGGAAAUCUAGCAUUCAUCUACCAAGUUAAUCAUGGACCUGGGACCCUGGGGCAGUUCCAUCAGGCUGCCAUAGGAAACAUCCAUGCGUCAGCCAUAGCAGACUGAAGGGGGCCUGGGGACCCCAUUUGCUGCCUGGAUUUCUGUUGAGAGGCUCACAGGUGUCUGCUCCUUUCUGCCCAUGUGGCUCCAUGGUGGCCUUGUCUAGCUGCAGGCCCUUUUCCACCCAGGGGCCAUGUGGCUUUCACCUCGGCCUUUCAGCCGCCCACACCAUCUCUAGGGGUCCAAGGAAUCCACCAACAUAUACCCUCUCUGUGCCUGGGCCUAAUGUCUGGCCUUUGUCCAAGAACAAAAGACUGGCUGGGGCCAAUUCCUCUAGGAAGCAUCGGGCACCUUCGGUAGGGGGUGUCGGCCUCUUGCUGCCCCAGUUUGAGGAACUGGUGAAGAGCGGCCAAUGGCUUUGGUCCUCAUAUGGACACACAUUCCAAUUCUGAGGAGCAAAACAUUGACUUCUUCACAGAAGGAUGCCUGGAAAUCGUAUUCAGACUCAGCCGAGCUCCUGGACAGUGACAUCUGUCACACUUCAACGCCUGAUUAACAUGCCCACUUGGCCCCUUGGGGGAGAUGGGUGCCUCUCCUGGGUUCUCCUGCCCUCCUCUGCAUGGUCUUAGCUUGACCACAAAAAAACCCACCUCUGCACCCACCCACAUACAUUUCUCCCUUCUUGGGAGUCCAGAGGCUGGGGCCUGGAACCUGGCCUCUUUUCAGAGACUUCCUCCAUCACUGGAAAAAGUGACUGACUCCAAAGCCGGCGCCCUUGCAAGGCCAGGGGUCUUCAACGCUCGCUGGCCUCACAGCCCACGGCCACCUGCUUCUUGUUGACUCCGAUAGCCCAGUAGCCUUGCUGAAGAGCCUGGACCACGGCACCCUGCUGGCACCGUGGUGCUUCAUGAGCAGGUGGAAGACUCCCUGGGGGUUCCACCGAGGGUGCUCACCGGUCCCCAAGAGCUGAGUCUCAGGACCUUCCAGUAGAGCCCCCCCCACCCCCCCCCCAGUGAAGCUCCAGCUUCACCACAGAAGCGGGGAGGUGUCUGUGGCGGCAAGAGACACCUGGAAGGUUUCUUUGCGGCCUUCUCGAUCAGGAUUGGAGACCCACUGGGAGGGCAUGCCACCUACCCUGGCUCCUCGGACCACUGGGUGCUGUAUUGGCUUUAUGUCCCACUCCAGAGUCCUCGGCUGGUGGUGCUGGAGACAGAGCCGGGCAGGCCAGCCGUCUCCCUGUGUGGCUUCACCGGCUCCCUUUGCCAUCUGGACUGACUCACCCGGGUCGCUCUGCUGCAGUGGGUCCACGCUGCUGCUCUGGUGGCAUUGGCUUGGUGGUUGUGUUUUGUUUUUGUCCUCCCCCCCCCCCCCCGUGCUUGUGUUUAUGGAAAUGGGGGGCAGUGCUGCCCUGUAUUUAGAACCAUCUCGAUAGAUAGCUCUCUGUGGCUUGGAGCCUGGAGCACAUGAGAGAAGGUUGAGGCUUGCCCUCCACCUUGGACCUGGAAGAGCCGCUUUGGGUCUGUUACUGAGGCUCUAUCGGAGGGCAUGGUUAGUCCCUAGCCAAAAUGAUGAGAUGCGAGGCCCAUGCAGCUCCCGAGGGAGACCUUGAUAACUGGGCAUCAAGCUGAGGAAGAGGGGAGGGGAGGGGCAGCUUGUACAUAUCCUAAGGUUAUAGUUUCUUGAGCUCGGAAGAGAGCAGGGAGAGGGGGACGGAGGAGUUGCUGUACGAAGGAGUGGCCUUCCUCUCGGCAUUGACUGUUGCAGCCGUACUGUGCCUGCCCCCCCAGACUCUGUGACGCCCAUCUGACCGCCGAUGUCCUUUGCUCCACUGACGGGCCUGACCAGUUUGUAAGAGCUCCGUAUACAAUUAAAGAUACUAAUCUGUUGUGUGUCGCGUCUGCCCUAAGUGUCUCUGGGUUUUUGCUGUGGGUGUGAUCGAAGCUGGGACACACAGGCAAGCAGCGCCUGGCUCUGCCGGGCUGCUGCACGAGGCAGGAGGGGUGGCUGGGACGCGUCAGCAUCUUAGGGGAUAUUGUGAAAUCACUUACACAAAAGGAUGCACUAGGCCUUGGGGCCCAGGUGUGGUAGAAGGGUCCCUGUCACGGUGUGUAUGCCCCGAGCAGUUCUUACACUUGGUGGGAGAGGUGCUUCUGGCAGCUAGGUCUCUGGUACCUAGCCGGGAGCAUGACCUGUACGGGACAGGGGCCCAUUAGAGAGCAGACAGACAUGGUGGGUGCCUGUACCACAGCUCAUCUUCUCUACUGAGCCCAUGUCCUCAGACUGUCUCUCUGGCCCCAGGAUCGAUCCUUAGGCACACACAUGUAGCCUCUUUCAGCACAUGCCCUGUCACAUUUCAAAUGUCAUUUAAGCCACGAAAGGAAACCAACGACAUGUAGGCUCAAGUACUGUCUUUUAAUGAAAACAGCUUUUCUAAACAAAAUAUUUCUAAACAAAAUCAUGGCCUGUUUCCGUCUUGGUAGGUUUCCACGAGGCAACAGGAGGCCCCAGACCGCUCGUGUCUGUAGUCUCUGCAACACUGUGGCGAACCCCUGAGGAAAUCCACUGCACACUGAUGAGGUGGAGGGGAAGCCACACAAUGUCGUACAGAGUGGCCUUGUAGAGUAGACGCCACUGGGCCGGGAAGGGCUAAGAGCAGGCAGUCCUUACCGCCCUGUGGAGCCUCUGGGAUGGCUUAGUACUUUGAACCUCAGGUCUCCCCCGCCCCCCUUAAUAAACUGUCACUUCUGGGAUUAA